UGUCCAUUGUCGUUAAGAGAUCAUGGCAAUAAGGUAAAAAUAACUAUGAGUGCCACCUCUGAACUGGACAAGAACCACACUGCCAGAGAUGGAUGGCUCACCAACAUUGAUGUCCUCAGAUCACUCAAGACACUUAACGGGUAAAGAAUGAUUUGAUAAAUAGCGCGUUCCGUGAGAGCUUAUUUGGCCUUCAUUCAACCUAAUCAUAGCCCUUAGUAUUAAUUUCCAAAUCGAAUACCGUUACUCUGCUAAAUGCUUUGAAAUCUGAAUGUAGAUUUUCAAGGAAAGGAAGUAACUUGGCAUUCCAGACUGCUUGUGAAGCUUUUUUUUUUUUAUUACUUUUUUUAUUACUUUCUAUUCCCUUUUUUUCAUAUAAAGCUCUUUAAAAAUGACAAAUUUAAUGUUUUACUAUUAUUUACGAUGUGGCCUACUGACACAGUGAUCUGAAGCUUAAGGGAGUUUUUUGAAAACGUUAACGUGACUUUUGGUGGACUAUUCACUAAAGAACUUCCUUGUUGCCCACCAUUUCUGCUUACAUGAAAAUGAGCAACAAAGGUUUUUCACCAUAGGCUUUCAGCUGUGACCCAGGCUCCCCAUUUAGCGGAAUAAUACGACAUGCGCAUGCCCAAAUAUGCAGUUAGGCAGUCAGUGAAGCUUAAGUGUGACUGGUAACUAUUGUGCAACCAUGGCGGUCAAACGAGCAUGCGCAAGUGGAUCAACUUUGGCUGACCGCGCGCCAGUACCCCGCGCAAACUUUCAAUUGUUUUUUUCUUAGCUUUAUCGGAUUUAUGUCAAAAAUUUCAGGCAUGGUAAGCUGUUCAUAACGAUGAGAAAACUUGGUUCUGACGGCCUGAAAGUACAUCUUUUAACCAUAACAAAGUUUGAACAUACGCAAAUAUUGACCGUUGUGUUUGGCCGGCAUGCCCUGUAUCUAAUUAACGUAUCAAUUGUUAUAGCUUCAUCGACAGUUCCUGGUGUGCCGCACCAAGUUUUGAUCUGAGAGCACAACAUCUGCAGGUGGAUCUCCCUCGUGCUUACUCCAUGUCGGCGAUUUCUACCCAAGGAGCAGUUUCAGAAAAGAGUUGGGUCAGCAGUUAUCUCGUCCAUUACCACAACGGGGAAGCUUUUAACCCCCUCACUGAUAUCAAAGGGCAAAUCAAGGUGCCUUGCGUGAAAAAUAAUUUAUGUAAUUAGUUAAAGUCAAUCAUUAACACCAGCCUUUUUCUUAAUUCAAGAGAAACCAUUGUUUUUUUUUGUGCAGUCGAAAAUGGAGGAAUUAUCGUGAUACAAAUGUAAUUUCACGCCGGGAAACAUUUAUAGAUAUGAUGCUGGUGAUUUUAUUUCUUUUCCUUCUCUUUCUAACAAAGCUAACCACAGCUUACUAAUGGUAAAUUAUCUAAGAUAUUUCUUGCUGGAGAGGGAUUCAAAGCUGGUGGAAAAAAAGCCAUUUAUUUACAAGUUAGAUCGUAGGUUUCCAAUAGCAAUAGCUGACGCUGUUUUUCAGGAGUUUAAAGGAAACACGGACCAGUCCUCUAUCGUCCGUCACUGGUUGAUGCCUCAUAUGUAUGGAAAAAUCGUUCGUUUCUACCCUACCUCUUUUGUUGGUCGGCUGUGCAUGAGUGUCGAGAUUCAUGGAUGUUCCUCUAAAGACCUAUCCAUGUGGCACAUUCCAAGGGAGCAAUAUGAAAAAGAAAGUAAGAUUUUAUUAAAACUGUGAAGUUAAAUAGCGCAUCAGUGAAAGACUGUUAAUGCAUUUCCCCUUCAUCAUUUCGUGUCUCUGUGAAGCUAAAUUCGAUAAAGUUUAAUUGACCAUGAAAACCUAACUUGUCAUUCUUUUUGCAGAACCCAUUCGCUGUAAUCUGCCCAAACAGCCUGGUAAUUGUAUGGCUUCAUUGCGCAAGUGGUUUUUUAACAAUAAAACAAGACAAUGUGAACCGUUUAGUUAUGGUGGAUGCAAUGGAAACCUCAACAACUUCCACACUGAAGAUAUUUGCCGGCAAGAAUGUUCAGGUAAAUAAGAAACCAGGCAGGAAAAAACAUUUGGGAUCAUUGACUAGACCUUGUCGGUAUAAUAAAAAAAGAUGUUCAACAGAUUUUUCGAUCUCACGUGGAUUAGAACCUCAGAGCUUCUGAAUUCUCAAUCUCAGGGGGGGGGCAUAUUCAGGAGUUUUUUGAGAAUGAGACAAUUACACAUUCAGUUAUUUUGAUGAUCAUUACUGCUAAUGAAUGACAAACUAUUAUAUACAGUUAAUAAUCGAAUACGCUAUUGCUACAGUACUCUCUUUUGUAAGGGUUCAGCGGAUCAAUUUCAGUAUCUGGGCAACUGCCCACCUACCCCUCCCCUAACCCAACAACAAUCAAUUGAUAACAACUUGGGGUUAAUGUUAGGUUAGGGGAGGGGUAAGUGGGGGUUCAGCUUCGAGAAAUAAAGGGAUGAUUUUUCUGCAACAGUAGUAUUACCUACAGAAAAUAUAAUUACAUUAUCGCCGGAUUGUUCGUAAUAAGGAGAUUGAGUCCAGAUGGUUUUGCUCUCUAAAGCCGAGAUUUAGUGUCCGUUAUCCAUAUCAGAAAGGUUUCGCUUAAUAGAUACUUUUUUAAAGAAAAUUUGUUUUUAGAAACUGUUUGGGUCGUAGGAAACUGGCUUAGAUGGACAGGUAUCCAUGUAGCAAGAGUGUCUGUAGGAAGAAGAUCGUUCGUAUAACUUUUACCCUUUUCGAUGAUUUCUAGUAUUUGAAAAAUGCAAGAAAAGGUGUUCAGCUCCAUUUUCUAGCUGUGGGAAGAACGAAAGAGGCGAAGAGAAAUGCGAAUGUAUCCAGGAAUGUUCUAAAAUAAUAGAACACGUUUGUGGCUCGGAUGGAGUGACGUACGUCAACGAAUGCCUGUUCAAGAAAGCAUCUUGCGAAAAGAAUACCACAAUGAGUAUUGUGGGAAAAGGAUCCUGUACAGGUAUUUCUCAUUUAAAAAGCUGCGACCAAAAUGUUUCGAGCGGCAUUAAACGAGGUUUAGAAAGAGGUGGCUUACAGCAAACGCAAACGGCAACCUAGAUUUCGUUUCUGUCAAUUGUUAAACAUCUAAUGAUGAAUACAAAAUGACGCUUAUUUACAAGGAAUGAAGAUGUUAUCAAAAAAAAAAAGCUGACACCCAUAGACUGAAUUAAGGUUCAAUGUUAGCUCUAGGACAGAGGAGAGGAAGAGGAACCCCGGGAGCCAGGCAUUAUUUCAUGGCCCUCCUACUUUAAAGAUUACUAACCUUCCUGUUCCGUCUACCAUGACAAACAACAAAUAUUGUUUAACAUGUGCAGCUGGUGGUGUUUGGGGUGCUCCAAGUCAAUAUCAGCGGCAGCGCCGCUUUUAUUCCUUCAAUUUCUCUUUCAUAAUUGUUUCACUGUUCUUUUAUUAAUCCACUUGGGCCCCUCGAGUAUCCCAGAACACAUUCAGCUACGCAGGCUACUGUAAAUGUGCCAUUUUCCCCCUUCCCCUACCCCACACACACAAAUACACGCAUCCCUCAGCUAAUAUAGAAAAAUCUAAAUAAAAAUACUUCAGACAUAUGUAUACUCCUUAACUCAAUCUGGGAGAGAAUACCCUGAUUGAAAACUUCUAUCCUACUUCCUGAAGUCAACUUACACCGAACAACAACUGAGUCCAACCUUUUUCAUUCCUUCUUAGCUUGUCUAUCAUCACUGAGAUUGGGAGAUGGACAAAUAAGAGACCAGCAGAUCUCUGCAUCCUCAGAACUCGACACGAACCACGCCGCUAAACACGGAAUGAUAUCCCUAACCGGACAGGUGCCUCAAGACAGGUAAACGAUGAAAUAAUGACAAAGGGUUAGAGAUGGUCCCCUUUUAGGUCAAAAGGAAUUUUCCUGGUGCACUGUAGUUAAAUCUUAGUUUAAAAAACCGUGAAUGCACGAAAUAAUUGAUACUUCGUUCGAGGGUUUGAGUCUUUCGGUUUGAGCGAGGGUUCAAGUAAGCGAAGGUGAAAUCACAGUUUUGGUUCGAGUUAGCGCUGGGCACGGUUUGUUGAGGGUCAAAAGUAUCUUGCAGCAAAUCAAAUAUCAUGAGAAGAAAUAAUUGUUGCUGGCUGACUUUCAGCUCCUGGUGCAGUGCUCCAACUCUUGGCAUGGGAACACAAUAUCUACAAGUUGAUUUGCUGUCAGUCCAUAUUCUGUCAGGGUUUUCUACCCGAGGCGCCGUCAUAGACAAGUUUUGGGUCAGCAGAUAUCUGGUUCGUUACAGCUUGAAUGGUAUUGACUGGAUAUUAAUCAAGAAUUACGACGGAAAAGAUGAGGUGACUCUCAGAGAAUUUCAUGUCCAACUACAUGUUUUAUGUCCCACACCAAAUUUAGUAUAAUUGCUGCUGUGAUUAUAGAGAUGCGCGCGCUCUGAUUGGUCGAAGACUAUGUCAUAUCUAGCUUAAAUCGCCUCGCGCGUGGUGAUUAUAGCAGGGGCUCAAAAUUUCAAAAUGGCUGCCUCAGGCUCAGUGAAUAUCAUUGAAUAACUCCAUCGACUUCCUCUUAACAUUCACUUCGCCUUCGGCGAAUAAUUGUUAAAUAGUCGUAGGCACAUGGUAUGUUAUUGUUAAAUAGAAGUGCAGAUCUUACCAGGAGAGAAACAGGAGGCGUUGACGUAUAAAAAGAUACACAAUUGUUUACUAACAGUUAAUUGGUUCAUUAAUCAUUAAAUCCUCUAUAAGACAGAAAAAAAUUUCAGAUGGAGAAAAACCAAUUCAUUUAAACGUUAGAUCUGUGCAACUGUUACCAACUGAAGUUCUUUUUCAGAUCUAUAAAGAAUUUAAAGGGAAUACGGACCCAUCCUCUACCGUCCAUCACUGGCUGAAGCCUCGUCUCGAUGCUCGCUUCGUUCGCUUCUCUCCUACCUCUUUUACCGGUCAGCGGUGCAUGCGCAUAGAGCUUUAUGGUUGCAAAAUGUCACACUUAAAUACGGGAAGCAAGAGCUUAACGGAGGGUAAGAUUUGUUACAAUCCGUCGGGAUGAAUUGUAAACAUAUGUUUUUGACAGAUCAGGUUAUUAUUUGGAAUCUAAAACGGAAACGGUGCCAUAAACUUCAAGAUGCCUUUAAAUGAAGGCGAUGAAAAUAAUGUGAUUACUGGAGCACUUUCCACCUCUAAGUUGCAGCCGUGGUCAAUUUUCUCCACCUGAGAAUAAAACUUCAUCUACCCUUAAAAGAGGAUCUAUUAAUUAAAGGGGGGUGGAGUCUGAGUGUCCUGUAUCCUAUUACUUUUUUGGCGAAAUGUCCCGAAUCGCGUCAAUUCCUUUGGUUGUAUCCCUAUAAAUUUAGUUUAAUAUCCCGAAACCUCAAUUUUGAAUAUCCCUAAGAGAAUAUACACUCUUGAUAUCGCAUAUCCCAUUGGUUGUUUUUUUUUUCAUUAAAUAUCACGUAUCCCUAUAAUUCUCAACCCAAAUAUCCUGUAUCCCGAUAACCCCUUGUAGGACCCCUAUAAAUCUUUACGGUUUUUGAAGAUGGUGAGGAUUUGAUUUUUUUUUACGUAAUGGACUAUAAUGGUCAGACGGAUUUACAUUGUUAAAAGCUCUAGGAGUUCUGAGCUUUUCUUAGUUGAAGAUUUCCCAGUACACUGUUACCUUUCGCUGUUUUUUUAGGUUUGGGCUGCAAAACAAAGUGUGCUGCUCCGUUUUCUUUCUGUGUGAAACACAAGGGAAACGAAGAGAAAUGCGAGUGUAUUCAGGAAUGUCCUUACUUUUUGAAACAAGUCUGUGGUUCGGAUGAUGUGACGUAUGACAACGAGUGUUUGUUGAAGAAAACAGCUUGCGAAAAGAAUAGAGAAAUAACAAUUAAGAAAAAUGGAAAUUGCACAGGUAAUUUUUCGCAUUCGAUCAGUUUGCUAGUAAAGUAUUUAGCGUGCUAAACGCACAGGGUACUAAUCAAAUAUAUUUUCGCUGGUCAAACCCUUACAUAUAUAUAUAUAUAUAUAUGUAUAUAUAUAUAUAUAUAUAUAUAGGAAGUCUGCAGGUCGAUUUUCGCGUGGAAGAGUGCUCAAUACGUUGAAGUAGAGCAGAAUAAAUAAAUAUUAUAAAAGUUUUUUCCUCUCAUAUAUAUAUAUAUAUAUAUAUAUAUAUAUGUAGAUUAUAAAUGAUAGAGUAUAAACCCUAGAGAGUAUAGCCCUUUGAUUUUUUACAUCAAAUAUCCCGUAUCCCGAUAACCCCUUAUAGGGCCUCUAUAGAUCUUUGCGGUUUUCGAAGAUGGCGAGGAUUUGAUUUUUCUUCCGUAAUGUUCUACAAUAGUCAGACGGAUUAACAUUGUUAAAAGCUCUAGGAGUUCUGAGCUGUUCUCAAGUGAAGAUUUUCUUAAUACACUGUCACCUUUCGUUGUGUUUUAGAUUCAGACUGCCAAAAAAAAAAGUGUGCUGCUCUCCCUUCUCCCAUAUCAACACUGUACCAUCCCUGCUCCCCUCCCACAUCGUCACUGCACCAUCCUUGCUCCCUCCCGUAUCGUCACAGCACCAUCCCUGCUUCCCUCCCACAUCGUCAUUGCGCCAUCCCUGCUCCCUCCUAUAUCGUCACAGCACCAUCCCUGCUCCCCUCCCACAUCGUCAUUGCACCAUCCCUGCUCCCUCCCAUAUCGUCACAGCACCAUCCCUGCUCCCCUCCCUUAUCGUCACUGCACCAUCCCUGCUCCCCUCCCAUAUCACCACCGCGCCAUCCCUGUUCCCUUCCCAUAUCAUCAGUGCACCAUCCUUGCUCCCCUCCCAUAUCACCUCUGUUCCAUCCCUGCUCCCUCUCAUAUCAUCGUUACACCGUCCCUGCUCCUUCUUAUAUCACCACUGCACCAUCCCUACUCCUUCCCAUAUCGUCACUGCAAUAUCCCUACUUCCUCCAUAUCACCUUUGUUCUAUCCCUACUCCUCUCCCAUGUCACCACUGCAGCAUCCCUGCUCCCCUCCCAUAUCACCACUGCACCAUUCCUGCUCCACUCCCACCCCUUAACCGCCUUAGAACAGCCCACUGCUCGUAACAUGCAUGUACAACAAGUGUUUUUGAAAAAAAUUAGUGACAAUAAUUUCUCAUAGCUGUUGAUGAUUUGAAUGUUUUAUCCUUUCAAAAUACCAUACCCUAUUCUGUCAAAUGUCUGUAUCAAAAAGAGGCUGCCGUAGACAGGUGCGCCGACAUAAAGAUCCUGUUGGCGGCAGAUACUCGUGAAGAUAUUUUCAGAGAGUAUUCUGUAGGAUUUUCAGUUAAAACUUUCACAAAACAUUGAGUUUGUUCUGUGCAUUUUUACGAUCAAUAGGCUGCAACAAAAAUUGUUCUGCCCCCUUUUCUCGUUGCGUGAAGGACGGAGGAAACCGGGAAAAAUGCAUAUGCAAUCAAGAGUGUCCUAAGAUAUUAAAACAAGUUUGCGGUUCAGAUUUCGUGACGUAUGGCAACGAGUGUCUGCUGAAGAAAACAGCCUGUGUAGAGGAAAAAGAACUAACUGUGUUGAAAAAGGGAGCGUGUGCAGGUAUUUCUUUUUGAAGAAGUAUACAAUUAAAUCAUUUAGCGCGCUAGAUCAAAAUCAUCAGAAACACUUCCGGAGCAAAUUUGAACGGUGACCUGGCUUAUAACUGAUUCUACUUAAUUUUCGUGUAAUCCAUAAAAUACACAUGUUGUCAGUUUCAUAUGAAAAUGCCUUCUCACAUCACACGAAAAAAACGUACAUGUUGUCUUCUCUUGAUUCGGUAGGCAACUUGAAGAUUCAAAAUCUCACCCAUCACGAGAAUCUUUUUAAUUUAUUCAUUCCCUUCGAACCCAUGCCUUUAUGUGGUAGUCAAAACAUCUGAUGUCUCUAGUUUUUGCCUUUCGCACCUAGGCGCCUCAACAGUUUGUGAAAACGGACCCUGUCCACCGUUUGCAACCUGUGUUGAAUCAGACAAUGGAAACAGAUGUGCAUGUCCUUGGUGUUCUCAUAACCGCACCCGAAAAAUUUGUGGAUCGGAUUGGAGAACCUACAAAAAUUUUUGUGAACUCAAGAGGUAUGCCUGCGAAAAUAACAAGCACAUCUCAGUCGUCUCACGUGGUGAAUGUGAAGGUAGGUAAUUUUGACGUCGUCAUCCCAAAGGUCAAUCAGAAGAGAGAGAAAUAACUUGAAGAACCAUUGGGCUCAAAAUAAAACCAACCAAACUGCCAAAAGCGCAGGAAAAAGCAAAAAGGAACACCAAAGCAAUCCUGGAUUAUUCGCGACACUCAAAUGAAAAUUUUUCAAUUAUUCUAAGGCAUAACUUUCUCACUCUCAGUUUCUGACAAAUUGUAUUCCCAAUCGUUUUUGUCAUUUUCCAGUCCAUUUGAGCAAUGUUUGAGUUAUCUAACUGUACUAUUUUGGGAAAGGAAUUAAUUUCUUGAUGUCACUGUCAUGUUUUUCCUUCCUUCAGUAUCAUUCCUUGAGGCUAAUCCUGAGGAAAAACCCGCUAAACAAGAGAAGUCGUCUGGUUUUAUGAAGAAAAUUUACAUCUCCGGAAUAGCUGUUUUGAUCCUGGGAGUGGUAAUCGCCAUUGCUAUGUGCGCGAGUCAACCAAAGAUUAGGUGAAGAUAUUUUUAAGAAAUCGAUGUUUCUGUUAGAAAGCCCGAAAAUUUGGAUUUCUGUAAUGAAUCAAAGGGGUCCCCAACCCUGUGGUUGUGCAAUGUUUUCAAAGACAAGUAUGCUUUAAAAACUGUACAACUGUUGUCUUCACCAACAAAGAGUAUGUUUAAAGAUGCCUUCUCAGCCCAUGUUGAGAUUCCUAAGAGUAGCCUACUGGUAAAGAAUAUCAUCAAAUAUGUCUAAAAUUCCAUUUUAAAACGUCGCCAUUUUGAAAACAAAUCAUGAAACUGCAAGAGUGGGGUGAGAAAUGUUUUUUGGCGAAAAGUGGCUUUAUGUGUAGCGGUUCCAGAACGUUCCUAAUUAUUCAUUAUUGGCCAAGGCCCAUUACAAUUAGCUCCCAGCAAGGCUCUGUAAUUCAGAACUUCUCACCUGUAACAGCUAAGUUGACCCUCUGUGGUUUACUGACCUAAUUGAAUCCAUUGUUGAAAACUUUUUCUAGAAGAAUACAGAAUAACAGCCACCGGAACAAGAGCUCAUUCAAAAAACGUCAUUCUAAAUACCAGAACGAGAAGCCUACCACUAAAGAAAACUUGUAA